AUGGACGUCGAAGCCAUAACAAGAAGCUUCAAAUGGCUAGUCCAAGAAGAGCUCGAACAGCUCAGCACCAACCUCGACAAUGAGCUCUUCCGUCGCCGUUUUCAAGGCAUCAAACCUACGAAUACAGUCACCUCGCACUCCAAACUAGCACCGAGCGCACCUGCCCGAAGACCAGAACCCCCAGUGCCCAGCAGUCGACUACGUCUUUCACCAUCAGACAUGGGCGGCGCUUCAAUUGAUGCAGUCCGCUCUGGAAUCAGAUCAGCCCUCGUUCCAAACCUCGCAAAAGGGUAG